CCCUCAUCUUCUCUCCAAAUCAAACCAAUCCAUACAACUCCUCAGAACCUACUCUCAAAUCAAAAUUCUCUAAAUCCUUCAAUUCUUGGCUAUUUAAUCUACUUUCAUCUACUUGUCUAUUAACCUCUACUUUCAUAUCUCAUUAAUUUGUGAUAUAUUUUCUUGAAUCCGCUACUUUCUUGAUCUUGUUUUAGCUUAAGUGCUGGUUCCUAGUGUUAUAUUUUAAGAUCUUCUACGUUUAUAUAUUUCCUAUAAAAUGGAAGAUAUUGAAGUCCCUUCAUUUUUUCUCUGCCCUAUUUCUCUCCAGAUCAUGAAAGACCCGGUUAUAGUCCCAACCGGGAUAACUUAUGAUCGCGAGAGCAUCGAAAAAUGGUUGUUUUCAGGCAAGAAUGAUACAUGUCCAAUUACAAAACAAGUGAUAUCAGGUUGCGAGGUGACACCAAACCACACUCUUAGGAGGUUGAUCCAGUCUUGGUGCACUCUCAAUGCUUCUUACGGUAUUGAAAGAAUCCCAACUCCAAAGCCUCCAAUCAACAAAACACAGGUUGCCAAGCUUCUCAAUGAUGCUAAGUCACCACAGCAACAGGUUAAGUGUCUAAGGAAGCUACGUUCAAUUGCUAACGAGAACGAAACAAACAAAAGAUGCAUGGAGGCUGCAGGUGCUGUGGAGUUCUUGGUCUCGGUGGUGAAUAACUUCAAUUCUUUAUCAUUUGAAGAAACUUCAGAUGAUGGGUUUGAGAUAGCAAGACCAGGUGAUGAGGCCUUGAGUAUCCUCUAUGGUCUAGAAAUAUCCGAAUCCGGUCUAAAGAAUCUUAUUAUGGGAAUAAAUGGUGAAUUGAUCAUUGAGACCUUAACGAAAGUUAUGCAAGGUGGAAACUACGAGUCUCGAGCUUAUGCUGUCUUGUUGUUGAAAUCAAUGCUUGAAGUUGCUGAUCCGCUGAAACUCAUCAGUUUGAAACAUGAACUCUUCUCCGAAAUAGUUCAAGUUUUACGUGAUCAAAUAUCUCACAAAGCCUCAAAUGCUUCAUUACAACUACUAAUCAAUCUUUGCCCAUGGGGAAGAAACAGAAUCAAAGCCAUUGAAGCUAAGGCAGUCUCGGUUUUGAUUGAUCUUCUACUUGAUUCAUCAGAGAGAAGAACCUGUGAGAUGGUGCUAAUGGUGUUGGACUUGCUAUGCCAAUGUGCAGAAGGGAGAGCUGAAUUGUUAAGACAUGGUGCAGGCCUAGCAGUUGUUUCAAAGAAGAUACUUAGGGUUUCUCAGGUGGCAAGUGAGAGGGCAGUGAGGAUUAUCUUGUCUAUCUCAAAGUACUCGACAACAACCAGUGUCCUUCAAGAGAUGUUGCAGAUUGGAAUCGUGGCCAAGCUAUGUUUGGUGCUUCAAGUGGAUUGCGGAAGCAAGACCAAAGACAAGGCCAGAGAGGUGCUUAAAAUUCAUGCGAGAGUUUGGAAGAGUUCUCGUUGCAUACCAGCAAAUCUACUUUCUUCGUAUCCAGCCUGAAGAUGGUGAUAAAAUCAUGACUUCCCUUUUUGCUUACUCUUGUCCUUUCUUAUGUGUACAUAAUUCAUUCUUGAUGAGAAUAUAUAUUAGAAACAGAUAUACAAUGGCACGAAAUUGUGUUGUCCACUAGCCAGUGCAUGUUUCAUGCAUGGCAAAUUGGACUUUCCAUUUCGAGGAAAUUAAUGAUUAUUAACGAGGUUUAGAUCUUCACAAGUCA